AUGUCACCUUUAGGCGUCGCACCUAAUUUUCACAUACAUGGCAAUGGCGAUGUGAAUACUUUAAUAAAGCCGUUACCAAUAAUAAAAAAAGCAGAAAUUGAAGAAGAGACUAAAAAAAGUCCAAUUUCGAGUUUACAGGAUUCUCAGGAAACUAUUGGCUACACUAUCGAUGCAUUACAACUUUCAGAUGGUCGAUCAAAAAAGAGGAAGGAAAUCAUCAACGAUGAGGUUAAUGCUAAACAUAGUUCUCAAGAUCGAUAUCUUUGUAGUGCUUGUGGAAAAUCAUAUGCCACAAGUUCGAAUCUUUCACGCCAUAAGCAAACUCAUCGAUCAUUGGAUAGCCCGUAUGCCAAAAAAUGUCAUUAUUGUGGUCGAACAUAUGUAAGCAUGCCAGCACUUAGUAUGCAUUUACUUACUCAUGAAGCAUGUCAUCGAUGUGAAAUUUGUGGAAAGGCUUUUUCAAGACCAUGGCUUUUGCAAGGCCAUAUGCGAGCGCAUACUGGGCAUAGGCCGUAUGGUUGUGCACAUUGCGGGAAAAAAUUUGCAGAUCGAAGCAAUCUCAGAGCUCAUAUGCAUACUCAUUCAGGAGUGAAAAAAUAUGCUUGUCCAGCAUGUGGUAAACAUUUCGCGUUGAAAAGUUAUUUGAAUAAGCAUAUGGAACUUGUUUGUCCGGUGAAUCGAAAGCAACGCGCCGAUAUGAAAAAUAUUCGAUAG